CUCAGUGAAAUCAAAGCAGAGCUCAAGGUCGGCUGGAAAAUCAUUUCUGCUGCACACGCCCCCUGACCAUCAUGUGCUUCUUCGAGGAAGAGCUGGACUUCUGGAAAACGGUUUCUUCUCGCCUCAGGACUUGAACUCUGUUUUAAGUUGUUUUGUUUUGUUUCGUGCUUUCAGUGCGUUUCGUAUUUAAGACUGUCAGAUGUUUGCGUGCUUUUCCCAAACAUCUUCAAAUAAACGGAUCCGUUUAAAAGUUCCUGAACUUUGUAAACUCGGCGUUUUGUGUCCGUUUGUUUUUGUUUUCUUUAGGAACAGAAGACCGACUCGAUCACUGUAAAGGAAGGACUGGUGAUGCAGAAACUAAAUCCCUUUAAAUCUUCUCCUCAGGUGAGCAAAGCUCCAGUGAGUAACGCCGGAGAACAGGAAACGCCUGAACGCUGCAGUUCCUCCUCCUGCACAGAAGAGGCAGCGACUGAACACAAACCGGAUCCUGGAAUGAUCAUGGGAAUGAUUCAAAAACUAAACCCAUUCAGGUUUUUCUCACAGGAUCCCGCUGGGAUGCGUCUGGAAUCCAGCGCUCAGAAGUGUGAUGGAGGAGAAGCAGACGGAGUGUGUGUGGACACACAGGUGUGUGAUGGAGGAGAGGCAGACGCAGUGUGUGUGGACACACAGAUCUGCUCUGCUGAAGUUCAGACUGCUGUAGGCUCCAGUGACGGGAAUCCUCUGGACGAUGAAGACGAUGAAGAUGGUUUGCUGGAUUGGUGGAGAACAGUAGAAGGUUGGAGCGAAUGGAACGAGUCGAAACAGUUUAAUGAUGAAGAUGGAGAACGAGCGAUCGAAGCGGUUGCUAACCGGGUCUUCAUGGCCGCCAAGUUAUUCGUUCACCUGCUAAACCAGCGGGAGGCGUUUCUGAAUCAGCGGAUACUGGAGCUCCUGGCGUUAGCGGACGCGGCCGACUCUUUCCACAAGAAGACGGUGACCGCUAGCGUUGGCGGAGGGGUGGCUAGCGUAGCAGGCAGCAUCACCACCAUCACCGGCCUGGUCCUGGCGCCCUUCACCUUCGGGACGUCCCUCAUCGUGACGGCGGUGGGCAUCGGUGUGGCGACGGCUGGCGGCGUGACCUCGGCCUCCGCCAACAUCACAGACACGCUUCACUCCAACACCGACCGCAAGAAGGUGGAGAAGAUGAUCCAAGACUACCAGCUCCAAAUCCAGGACAUUAAAGACUGCCUGGACUUCCUGCAGGCCGGGAUGUUGACUCUGGAGGAGUGGAACUUCGAGCAGUACGUGGACAGCAUCUCCAGAAAGGCUCUUAACCAGAACGUGAAGCACGUGUUGAAGGAGGGCGGCCGGGCCGGGAAAGCUCUUCUGGUCAACACGGAGAACCUCAUCAACACCGUCCAGGUGCUCAGCGUAGCGGGAGGAGCAGCCAAAGCCGCGCAAGUGCUCAGCGUCACCACCGGCGUCAUGUCCGGACUCUUCCUCGCGCUCGACGUCUUCUUCCUCGCCAAGGGCUCGCUCGAGCUGCGCAAGGGAGCCAAGACGGAGUUCGCCGCCAAGAUCCGAGAGGUUUGCAGAGAGCUUCGGGAUGGACUUCAGGAGCUGAAGAGAAUCCAACAGCAGCUGCAGAAAACCCUGGAUGGGGUUGAGAUGGAGGAGGAGGAAGAGGAGGGUGAUGGGGAGGAUGAAGAGGAUCAGAAAUGACAAAAGACUUCAGCUAGAUGAAAAAGUAGAGAUGAAGAUCCUGAGCAAGAAUACGCACAAACAUAUGUAUACUUAUUUAUAUUAUAAGUUGAAAUAUUUCUGCUGUUUGCCAAAGGUCAUUAGGCAGUAGUUUAGUUUAAUGCGAUUUACUAAGUGCAAUGGUUAUGCAGAGACUUAUGGUUACAACAAAUGAAAAAGAAACUAUUUUCUAUCCUAUGCAAUGAACAACAUAGUGCCAUUUAUAUACGGAGACAUUUUUUCAAUCUCUUAUUUAUUAUUCUCUAUUAUUUCUCAAUUUAAACCUGUAACUGCUCAGGUAUGAUGGGUCUGUGUAUGUUCAGUUCAGUGGUUGUUAAAAUAACACACGACAGCAAAGUCACGUGAUACUGGUUCAUUUUCUCAACGCUGGUCAGGACGGACCAAUCACAGAUGACUUCAUUCUUUCCACAGAAACCCAUGAUGUUCUUUCUGUGGCCACUAGAGGAGCAGAUGCACCAUUAUCUUACUGUAAUUGGGUAAAUUACAUGAUAUCAUAUAUAAUUUAAGUGCAUAUUUGCUGAAUGUCUUCCAAAUGAAUCAUUAUACCAGAUGAAUAACUCAUUGACUGGACAAAACGGGUCAAGUCAAAUUGUUUUAAAGCAGCUUCACUGUAAUAAACGGGAAAACAACAGUGUCAAUGUUGCAACGGUUCUGAAACGAAUUCGUAAAGCAAAAGACGUUUCAGAUAAUUUUAAUUCAAAAGUUGUUCAGUGCAGUCACAUCGAUAAUAUUGCUGAAUUUGAAUUGUUUUAAACCUUUUUCUUUCUCUUUUCAGCAUCAUGUCUUUCACUGACGCAAUAAAUACGCAUCAGAAAACA